AUGGGCUCUACUAGUGCUAAACCUCAGGUUCUCCUCCUUGGAAGGGUUGACCAUGCUUCUACAGCCUGGGAGGCAUUAGGCGAACUAGCAGAACUAGUUAAGCCAACAGCAACCAACCGAGCUGAUUUCAUACAAGAAUGCAAAGAAGGCAAACUAGGCCGGGUUGUCGCGAUAUAUCGAACAAUCCACUCCAUAAGCAUCACAGGACUUGUCGAUGAAGAACUCGUGAACAUACUGCCCAGCUCGCUCAGAUAUAUCGCACACUGUGGAGCAGGAUAUGACCAGAUCGAUGUCCAUGCAUGCAGCGCACGCAAUCCUCCAAUCCGGGUCUCGAAUGUCCCAACCGCAGUGGAUGAUGCCACGGCCGAUGUUAACAUGUUCCUGAUUCUAGGCGCGCUACGCAACUUCAACGCUGGUAUGAAUGCUCUUCGCCAGGGUAAGUGGCGUGGUCAGCCUGCGCCGGCUCUCGGCCAUGAUCCCCAAGGAAAAGUGCUUGGUAUUCUGGGAAUGGGUGGUAUUGGACGGAACCUGAAGAAGAAAGCUGAAGCUUUUGGUAUGAAGGUCAUUUAUCACAAUCGCCGCAAGUUGAGCGAUGAGUUAUCUGGCGGGGCUGAGUAUGUGCCGUUUGAUGUGCUCCUGGCUACCAGUGAUGUGAUCAGUUUGAACCUCCCUUUGAAUAAAAAUACACGCCAUAUUAUUGGCAGGGCUGAAUUUGCCAAGAUGAAGGAUGGAGUCGUUGUUGUUAACACUGCUCGCGGAGCUGUUAUGGACGAGGCUGCCUUGGUCGAGGCCCUUGAUAGUGGCAAAGUGUUUUCAGCUGGUCUUGAUGUUUUCGAAGAGGAACCUAAGAUUCACUCCGGUCUACUAAGCAACGAAAAUGUGAUUCUGGUGCCUCAUAUGGGAACUUGGACUAGUGAGACUAUGCUCGCUAUGGAAGAGUGGACUAUCGAGAAUAUCAGCAUGGCACUACAAUCUGGGAAGCUGAAGAGUCCUGUUCCGGAGCAGGCUGAUCUAUAG